AUGUGGGACGAAACCAACUAUAACAACAAAGCACCAACGCUAGGCCUAAACGAGGUCUCUGCUGCCUCUUCUUCCCAUCGACCCAGAACCAUGGAAGAAGUGUGGAACGAAAUUAACCUCGCUUCUUUACACGACCACUCUUCCAGGGAAGCCUUCUCGGUUAGCUCCAAUCCUCACAUUGUCCUCCAGGAUUUUCUCGCCAGGCCUCUUACCAAUGAGGUCCCUCCCACUAAUAGGGAGGCCAACACCAUGCUGUAUGGUUCUCCUCGGCCGCCUCCCGCCACUGUUUUGAGCCUGAAUUCGGGUCCCGGCUUCGAUUUCCUAGAUAGCGUGGAUCCUAUCAGGUCUAGCUCGCGUGUGCAAAGCGGCCCCAUCUCGACUGUCCACGCUUUCAAUUGUCCGUUCGAGGCUUUGGCUCCUUCUUCCAGCUUGGCCUCCUUCGGUAGGAAAAGGGUCCAGGAAGAUGAUAACGGUAAUGGUGAUCGACGGCACAAGAGGAUGAUCAAGAACCGAGAGUCCGCUGCACGAUCAAGAGCUAGGAAACAGGCUUACACAACUGAGUUAGAGCUUGAAGUUGCUCAUCUUAUGGAAGAGAAUGCAAAACUCAGGAAACAGCAAGAACAGUUACGCGUAGCAGCCGCCGCUCAAUUCUCCAGAAAGCACACGCUUCAGCGAACGUCGACAGCUCCAUUUUGA